CGGAGGCUACCUACCGAGUCUACUUGACCUGGCGAGAAACAUGCCACGAUCGAAACACUUGUCCAUCCAACGAUCCAGGCUGCCCCAGACCGCACUACACAGGCCACCGCCAGGGGAACUUCACCUCGCUACACCCUCACACUCUACUGGAGAUUCACCUCCUCUACCGGAGCACCGCCAAAUUCCGAAAGAAUUGACACACGAAUGAAUUUGUUGGGCGGGGGGUUCCCUGUGGGCUGGUACAACGCCCGACCAUGAUUUUGAUCCCGCCCAUCGUCGUGGCCGCGGGCCCGGUCGUGAAUCAACCACUGCGCUUCCCUUGUUGUGAUCCACGAUCCAUGCUUCCUCUCGCUGGAUGUCCAGACCACUCAUCAACCCAGGGGAUCCUUGCCAGGGUCCUGGGAAUCGAUCCAUACGACACAACAAUUCCGCUGCGCGCCGCAUGCAUGGGAGGCAAUCCGACGGCACCGGCCAUCAUCCGUACGCAUCACGGCUAGCCAAUCCAAGUGACUGGGCCGCGUACAACUCUGUCUGCGUGGUCGGGGAAAUGCGUGCGACCUUCCGUCUCUCGCACACCGACGUCCUUGUCGUCGUCAUCGCUGUCAUCGACGCCCGUUCUGCUGACGGCCAUCGUAACACAACCGACCCAGCUCAGCAGACAUACCCUCGGAUUGGCUGUAUCGGGGAAUUGCGGUGUGCUUCUCAUUCCAGAUCGGUGUGUGGGCUCAUGUGCAAAUGUGUGCCACCCCCGUCACCCCCGUCAAGCCGAUACGCUGCGUCGCCCAUUACCCCGCAACGUGAGCGAUCUAGUUUUCAUGAUCCCCCCCUCCCGACCGGAUCCACACUAGACUGAGAUUGAUGAGCAUUUUCCGUGCACACUCUCGUGCAAAUGCCGGGUUUCAACCUCAUAUCGAGUAUCAAUCCUCAGGCUCACCGACAGAAAGAAAAGACACCGGUCGGUAGGCAGGUAGACCUUGGAUGGAGGCGCCAAAAAAGAGGGCUGGCUGGCAGACUGUGUGG